UCAGCAUAAGAUCUGAUCCGUCAAGUUUUUCACUGGCCACUCGACAAUGGUGCGCAGACAGCACCAAAAGCCUUUGAACAAAGAAAUACAUUGGGUUUAUUGAAAACCAAAAAGCCAGCACUCCCAUCCAGAAUGUUAUCAAAUCCGUACCUCUUGUCUCUAAUACACGUUAUUUGAUUGACUCAAUCGAAAAAAAUGAUCUUUAGUAUCGGAGUGUUUGCAUGAGGGCAACGCAACAACAAUAUUUAACAUACAUAUCUAUUCUACUAAGCAUUGUUGGUGGGAAGAAAGACAUAUGUAUUUAAUUAUUCACGUCAUUCCGAUAACGUACACAAUAUUGGUCAUAUUCUGAAAUCUUGAGACUACUUUUGUAGAACAUUGUAAAAAUAAAUAAUAUACAUACAACACAUAAGAGCUGACAAAACAAAGCAUCAAAAAAAAAAAAAAAAAACGAAGAGAAGAAGACCGAUCUAGCCAGUGGUGUUAAGAGCCCUUGGACCAGCAGUUUUUAAGAGAGUGAAAGAGAAUUUGAAAUGUUUCCCAGUGCGAAUUAGUACCAGUGUCAUAACGCUAGCACAUUUUCCUUAAUACACACGUAAGUGUGUAUAUACUACGUCGGGAACCGAAUCGUUAUCGUUGUUCGUUAGUGCAAACGAAGUGUGUGUCAUGGAAAAUAUACGAUUGCUGAAUGCACUGUUUCAUGUUGGUCCUGGUGUUGUCGCUGAACUUGUUGUAGAAGCAGGCAGUGAUAGCUAACGGCUAUAUCAAUCAUUCUGCUGUUAAAUUUACAUGAAUAGUUCUCUGUUCAUAAGUCAAGUGUGUUAUGAAGUUUAUUGGUCAUUGGUGAAUCGCGUAUACAAAGUUUAAAAAACAAAAAACACAUAUUCCAUCGUUAUUUUUGUAGAUGGACUACGCUUUCUUCAUGACCAAUUCAUCUGGACUAGCAACAAUCACAUUUGAGAGUACGCGCGUAUAAAUCUACAUAGAUAUCUACAAUUGUAUACCCGUAAAUCAACACUUAUUUCGCGCGACGAGCUGUAGAUAAGAAUACACAAUGAUGCUAAAUAAAUAUCAGAAUUAUUUGCAACAACAGCAAAGGCAAAAUCAGCAGAGUAUACAACAGCAGCAACAAAGCUGCGCUGGUAUAGCGACAAGCAUGGCGACCAGUGUUUUACCAUCUGAAGCCGGCUCAUCCGAUUAUGGUAGUGGCGCUGCUAAUAUUUCUAAAUCAGAGCGGGAAUCAAUACACUCAGGUCAAUUUAUGGUUUCCCACUUUGAAGCCGAAGAGGCGCAGGAGGACGAUCUUGAAGAGGAUGAUGAAGUGAAAAUGCUCGAUCCAGAAGAUCCAAAUCUUACAAAAUCAGAGGAGUCCGUAAAUACUUGUACUGAUGUGCAGCGAUUUGUACCGCGCAAAAUAUCUUACGUACAAGAACUCGGUCAUGUGGGAUCCGUCGUGGCUUCACACUUGGAGAUAGAAACCUCACUCACCAAACUCUUUAAAUGCAUGAACUUAGCUUACAGUCAAAAACUAACAUCUCCAAAAUGGAAUCACUUUAAAGGAAUCCGACUGCGUUGGAAGGACAAAAUACGUUUGAACAAUGUAAUUUGGCGAUGCUGGCACAUGCAAUUCAUACUGAAGCGUAGGACACCGGUAUGCCAGUUUGCCUCACCACUGGACGUUGACAUCCAUAGCAAUCCACAGGCUGUUGUACUAGAAGGGAAAUAUUGGAAACGUCAAACAACCGUUAUCAAAGCCGAGUACCGGAAAUGGCGAAAAAACUCUAAAUCUAGAACUGCUGGAUGUCUAACUUACGACACGAAAAGCGAGUUUGACUUUUUGGAAUGGUCACCGUUAAACGAUCGGUCGUUAAUGAUACCCGACGAUUGGACAAAUGACACACUCUUCUCUUCGAUAAAUGGGCCAUUUCCAUUUCCAGAUCCCCGAGAGAUAGCGCGCGGUGCUGGAAUAGCCGAUUUCAUACAACCUGGACUUGGCUCUCUCCAACCGAAUAUUGAUGACAUUGAUCUAACAAUUGAUGCUUUAUUUUUUGCAGAGCUACUGCAGCCGGCUCGUCUUCCGCCCGUACCAGAGGAGGGCACUGAUGAAAUGCUUAAGAAUGUUGAUUACAACUUCUCAGCGAUUAUGGGCUCUGAGCAAUUGGACUCGAAUAAUAUGGUUGGUGUAGUUAGUACUUCGAAUACGCUAACAGAAAACGAUGAUGCCAAUAUGCUGGACUUGAAUGCACCACUUGAUUCGCUUCAAUUUCAAUCGGAGAUGGCGCAACGUUAUCCAGCUCCGUUAUCGCGGGAAAAUAGUGCCGGACAAUUAUUGAAUACCUCAGGAAUUAAUCAAUCGCAAACAAUUACCUCCGUGGAUGCUCUAAUGGCUAAUGAGCGAACUGCAACAGAGGUUGGUGAUGGCGUGGGAUCGUCCUCAUCCGUAACGUCAGCAUCGCCAACUAUGCGAAUGCAUUCAAAACAUUUUCCUACUGCAAGUGAUGGCAUUUCGAGUAACAGAUCACCAAGCAAUGAAUUUCCAAGUAAAAGUGUGAUGAAAGGACGAAUUUCAAAGAAUUCUCAGCGGCCAUUUAGAAGAGAACCUCAUAACUAUGACAAAGCUCAACCCACUUUGCACCAGACUACUAUGUACCAACAAAUGUUAGCAGAACACCAAAAAAGCCAACAAAGUCAACAUCUUCAACCUUCUUUGCCUGGCACAGCGUUACAGCACCAGACCAUGGCGUUCCAUCAACAGCAGCAACAAAUGCAAACAUCGGCACAGUACCCAACGCCUACAUCAGUGACAACCGGUGCCGGAGAAGGCGGGAAUGGCACAGGAUAUGGUGGUUAUGGUAGCGUUGAAAUUUCGCCAUCGGCUGGCGGUGGCCUCAAUAUUAAUAAUAACUUACUUAAUAUAUCAAUGGCAAAUGCAAAAUCCAAAGGCUUUACCAUAAUGCAGACAACCGCAAAUUGCAUGCCCAAUGCAACCCCAAUAAAUGCCAGUAAUUCAGCACAUACAGGGAAUUCCUCGAUACUUUUGCAGACGGUGAAAACAGAACCACCAUCCGCCGAUAUGUUAUCCAUGUAUAAUUUAAAUAAUUCAAAUGAUGUUUAUGGUGUCAAUACAAAUCUAAAUAGCAACAAUAACUCAAACUCGUAUAAGCCUUAUCCCAGCGUGAGUAGCUUUAAAAAAUCUGCAUCCACUGGCGGCUACAUAAAUAUGCGCCUCACCACGAACUCACCUUAUAUCCACGAUCAAUCACCUACUGCACAACACGUACACCAACAAUCGCUGCCAUUGAAUUUAGGCUGUCAGGUAACUUCAUUGCCAAGCCCUUUACAGUUACAGGUACAAGCACAAUGCCAAUUGUCGCCCUCGUCUAGUCAUCAGCAUCAACAACAACAGCAAGCAAGCCAGCAUCUCUUGACAACACAGCAUCAUCAAAUGCAACAGCUUAGUCAACAGCAGCAACCGGCGGUUAAUAUGUUGCCGCGAGAAAUGUUCAGAUCGAACAGUUUACCACUGAAUGUGACACUGCAAAAACUUGAAUCACGUUCAGGUCACGAUAAUUUUGCUGUACCUAAAUACCAAGCUAAAAACAACAAGCCACGCUCGCGUAGCAAUUCAAUACAUCAACAUAUGAUUGUUGGACCGAAUGGUACCAAUAAGUCGAGUAGUGUAACAAGCAGUAACCUGAUGGUCUCGCCACAGUUGCAAUCAGCUACAAGCGACCCUAUGUUGAAUAAUAGUACCUUAGCGCAACUGCUGACAACGAAUACUCGUUCGUCGGUUAAGACAAAGCAAAGUUCUUCCUCAAGUGCCAUAUCAAAUUUAAAUGUACCAAUGUCUGCCAUAGCGAUGUCAACAGUAGUGCCGGUACCUCCACCAGCCUCUUCGGCUGUGCCGGUUAAUACAAAUAAAUCACUAAAUAUUGGCAGCAUACCCGCCACUACCAAUUACUUUGUAACGCCCAAUGUGCAGUGCACGGUAACUACUGCAGCAGGCGCAUCUGCUGACACAACAUACUCUCGUCAUGUGAUACAAAUGCAACAAGAACAGCAACAAAAGUCACCAAAGAAAUCUGCUUCGCUGCCAACGCCAGCAGCACCACAAAUGUUACAUAGCCCGCCUGGUAGUAAGAUGUUAAGUUAUCCGCCAACGGCCAGUCAAGCAGCAGCGAUGUGUACGAAUGCAUUGAGUUUGUCUCCAGAAUCGUUUCACGAUCAAGACUCGCCGCUUUCCCCAACACAUAGCCUAAAGUAUCCCAGGGAGAACCAGAGGCGUGCCGGUCACAUACAUGCAGAACAGAAGCGACGAUAUAAUAUUAAGAACGGGUUUGACUUAUUGCAUUCUCUAAUACCGCAACUGCAACAAAAUCCUAAUGCCAAAUUGAGUAAAGCGGCUAUGCUGCAGAAAGGCGCCGACCACAUUAAACAUUUGCGAGCUGAACGUAAUCAAUUAAAAGAUCAUAUGGAGGCAUUGCUUAAAGAGCGAGAUAUUCUAAAUAACUCAUUAACGCAUUUGCACUCAAUCCUUCCAGCCAAUGGCGCGCCUGUGACACGUCAAGGGACAGAACAUGUACGGCAGUUGUAUGACCAGUAUGUGCGGCAUCGUACAAUGCAGGAUUGGAAAUUUUGGAUUCUGGGGCUUAUUUUGGAACCUCUACUCUCCUCUUACACUUCGUCCGUAUCGAGUGCCAGUUUGGAGGAGUUACGACGCACAGCGUUUUUAUGGGUUGACCAGCAUUGUUCGUUGAUUGACCUGCGGCCAGCUGUAUCCAAUAAAUUGAAGUAUUUGUCAAUGAAGACAGAUAUUUUGUCCGAUCCGCCAUCAACUCUGCAGGAGGAAGUCUCAAAAGCAGUUUAUAACAAUGUUGGACAUCAUCCCAAUUUGCAUGGAACUUAAACUUUACUAUACUAAAAUGUAAUUAGAAAAUUGUUAAGCGUAGUGAUAUAAAAAUUGUCGGUUUUAUCGCUUAUCUUUUCAAGAAUUUGUACAAAUAUUUUUUUAUUCUUAAAAACGUGCCUAUAAUGUUAAAAAAACAACAAUAAUUAUUGUUAUACGUUAAUAAAGUAU